UUUACCUGAGGAAAUUCUACAAUUAAUUAUGAACUUCCUGGAUCCGCAGGAUCUGUUGAACCUUAGCUUGACUUGCUGGCGAUUGAGUGAAUCCACAAAAUCAUAUCUAAAUCAUCUCUGCAUCAUGACGCAACUCGGUCUUGUGAGAGCAACAAGAAAAAUAAGAUUGUCGUACAUAAGUUGAGGAGAAUCUUCAAGAAUUCCAGCGCAAGAGUCAGUGAAUGCCUCAGUGAAGAGUGAAAAUUCCUCAAGUGAGACACGACAGUCUCCCAAAUGCCAGUUUGAAUGGAGUUGUCGCUGAGGAUGGAGACGAUUUGUGUGCUUCUUGCAAUCUUCAGCAGCAUUUUUCCACCCAUUGACGCCGAGUGGGUGAAAAUUUCCAUUGAUCCGGGCGAGAGACAGGGUGUUAGUGAAUCUGGACAGGCAUUCGGUGGAUCACAGUUCCUCAGAGACACUCUGGCAGUGAGUGAGAAGGGAUUGUUGGAUGAUUUCCAGCACUAUGAGUGGAAGAAGAGCCAUGUGAAUCGCGAGUGGGUGACAAAGAAAAGUCCUGCAAUUGCUGUCUCAUGGAUUAUGCCCGAGAAGACACCGGAAACCACCACUUUCACCCCCACAAAAGCCCCGGAAAUGACAACAGUCGGAACAACAGAGGCAGGAAGCACGGAGAGUUCAGCAAAGCCAAUCAAGAAGCAGAACAGAGACUUUAGCUUUAGCGGAUUCUUCGCCUUUCUCAAGAGUAUCCAAGAUUCUUUCAUGAAUCGGACAAAGAGAAGCAUUGAGGACAAGCUGAAAUACCUCAAGGAUAUUCGUGACAAACUACUGAGAGAAAUAGAAAAGAAAAUCAACGCUCUUUGGCCAGCCGAAGAAAUUCCCCCGAAGAGAGUCAAGAGACACAUCAUACCUAGUCCAGAAGGACACAUGGAUUUUCCAUCAUCCGAAGGCGCUCUCAUGACGAUCUGCUUCCUCACAUUCGCCGUCUUCCUGAUCAAAUUAGUUCUUCAAGUGAUAAACACAAUUAAGAGCAAACACUACAGCUUCAAUGGAUUUGACACGAAAACUCCAGCACCAAUCAAGAUCAUCAAGAAUAAUAGAAAUGCCAGGCGAUUUUCCCUCACAAACACUGAAAAUGUGCAAACAAUCGCGAGCGUCACGGAAGCGAUUCAUCCGGCAAAAGGACGAUUUUAGUUCAAAUGUUCCACACCAGGUGUGUGAUCAGAGAUCAUCUUGAGAAAAAUCCAAAGUUUAAUUG